GCGGCGAUGCUAUGCGAACAUUUAACCCGAUCACGGUUCAUGUCAUCCAGAGGAGCGCAUGGCUCUGCCUUUACGCACCAGUGCCACCGCGCUUCUGGAUGCUGCGUACACUGAGGCAGGAGAUUCAAGCAUCCUAGAAAUUGCAGGCGGUGUACAUUCGGAUACAUAUACGCCGCAGAAUCCGACGCUUCGUGUCCUGUGCCGGCGAGAGCUGCGUUGUUAGCGAUGGAGCGGUGGAAAGGCAGAGUGGCCCUGGUGACCGGAGCCUCGGUGGGCAUCGGAGCGGCUGUGGCCCGGGCACUCGUCCAGCAAGGCAUGAGGGUGGUCGGCUGUGCCAGGAAUGUCGACAAAAUCGAGAAGCUGGCGGCAGAAUGUCAGAGCGCAGGAUACAGCGGCACACUGAUCCCAUACAAGUGUGACCUGUCCAACGAGGAGGAGAUCCUCUCCAUGUUUUCAGCCAUCAAAACGCUCCACAAGGGCGUGGACGUGUGCAUCAACAACGCCGGGCUGGCCCAUAACGAGCCCCUGCUCAGUGGGAAAACCGAAGGCUGGAGGAAUAUGAUCGACGUGAACGUCCUAGCCUUGUCCAUCUGCACCCGGGAGGCUUACAAAUCAAUGAACGAGAGGAACGUGGAUGACGGUCACAUCAUCAAUAUUAACAGUAUGGGCGGGCAUCGAAUGGUGCCAAGUGCUGACGAGCAUUUCUACUGUGCCACCAAAUAUGCGGUGACCGCUCUGACUGAAGGAAUACGGCAAGAACUGAGGGAAGCCAACACCCACAUCAGAGCCACUUGUAUAUCCCCCGGGAUAGUGGAGACUGAGUUUGCCUUCCGUCACCACAACAAUGAUCCAGAAAAAGCAGCUGCAGUGUAUGAGAGUAUGAAAUGUUUAAAAGCAGAAGACAUCGCGAGCGCAGUCACAUUUGUCCUCAGUGCCCCUCCUCAUGUCCAGAUUGGAGAUGUUCAGAUGAGGCCGGUGGAGCAGGUGUCCUAGCAGUGAAGCGAGGGGGAAGACGCCGCAGGAGGAGCCCACAAGUCAGCAGCCGCGGUGACUCAUUAGCGACCUCUGCCGAGCGCGGGUGGGGUGAUAAAUCAGCUACAGUGGUGGGAUGUGGAGGAACGCAAGGAGUCGAGGAGGGCUGGAGGUCAGAUGGAUGAAAGAAAUGAAGGGUGUGGACUACAACCACAGUGAAAAUACUACUGAAUGCAGCCACCGGUCGUUUGUUAACUGGAGUCCAUGCUGUGUUAUGUGGUCAUCUACUGUAUAUGACCCUAACUUUAGAGGAAGACUAUGCUAUUGACUGCACAUUUUUUUAAGGUCAUAUUACAUAUCUAUUUGAAAUUAAGUUUCAAUGCUAAUUGUUUGUUGAUAUUAAUUCAUUGUAUUAUUUUUAUAAUUAUUUGACCUACUGAUUGAUGAAAGGCAGAUCUGCUGGCAUAGAAAAAUAACCGUAGAAAGUACGGUUAUUUAUUUAACAUUCUCUUAAGGCCUGCCACCUUUACUUACAAUAUGGUCAUAUUCACUUGUCUUUGAAUUUAAACUGUCCACUUUUAACCCUUAUGUGCAGAUUAAAAUCAUUUAUCAAAGAAAAAUAGACAUACUAAUUAUACUUUUUUUUUUUUUAUGCAUGUGCCAUUCCUGCAAUCCAACAAUUGGCUGUGUAAUUUCAAUCAAUUAACUUUCAAUGAGGUAAUUCAAGGCAGAAUUAACAGAUGUCAUAUAUUAGACUUUACACCGAUUUUAUUGGGCUGAUCGGUAUCGGCCGAUAUUUAGCAUUGUAUGCUGAUCGGUUUUAAUGUCAUAAUUCGCCGAUCCGAUCAAUGACCGCAAAAGACAUAUACUCCGAGUCGCCAUCAUACGCAGUAUAUUUGAAUCCAAAAGCUGGUUUAUUUUUAGCCUUUAGUCUUUUAAUGUAGUAUUGGAAAUAUCUCACGGCCAAAUAAAGUUAUUUAUUUUAUUACAAACAAACAAAAAAACAUCGGCGGUGUGGGACAGGCAACACGUAAUGCCCGGCCGGAUCAGACUACCAGACAAAUUUGCUCUUUCCCGAUUGCACUGUCAGACGACUGCAAUCAAAUCUUGUAUUCCGAUAGCACCGCAUCCCGUUUUUUACGAUCAUUGGGCUUUAUCUUGUCAACUCAAAUGUGACUGGAUACACUCGUUACCGUGGCGACGACAACAAGAGUGGAGUGUGCCAACUUUGUAUUAUAAGGACAAAAUGGGGAAAACGUGUUGGUGGUCACCGGUGCUCAGGACCGGAGAGGACGUUCGUUUCAGGCUUGCUCGAGGUACGUUCCCGUACUUUUAAUACGAUGCGGCUCGCAAGCAGGCGCCAAAAUGUUAUGUAGCCUAGCAAGCUAGUGGUAGCACGAACGGUUGGAUGUAAACAUGCCGGCAUUCUUUCAAAUCAUACUCUUAAAGUUUCAUUGUGGGUGAAGUCAUUUAAUCACAGUAAGUUAGCCCCGUUAUUUCUGUCAUGUUGUAAUGUUGGUUUGACCUGACCGAUUACAAUACACGAUCUGACUAGAGCAGUGAUUUCCAACCUUUAUGGAACCAAGGCACAUAUCUUACAAUUGAAAAAUCUCACGGCACACCAACAAACAAAAAUGUCACAAAAAGUGGAUACAUGCAUGACUGUAUGUACUUCCUGCCAUCUAAUAGAAGAGCAUUCAUUUGUUCUGUCUGUCACGAUGCCUCACUGGCACAAAGAGAGGAACAAAGAUACAUUAUUUAUUGUAAAUAUAAUUUUGGGACCAAUUAAGUACACAAGUAUAUACAGUAAAUGACCAGGUCAUUUAAAUAGACACAUUCCUCCAUCUUAUCGUUUUUUUAAACUCUGUGAUCGGCCCCAAAAAUCCUGAUCGUGUAAAGCCUAAUAUAUAUAGAUAGAUAGAGAGAGAGAGAGAGAGAGAGAGAGAGAGAGAUGCCUCCUUCUCGAAUUCUUCCUUUUUGCAUAGUUUCCCCACUUCAAAUGACAAAUGUAAAUAUCAUUCAUUCGUCUUGCAUUCCGCUUCUCCUCAGGCGGGUCGCAGGCGUGCUGGAGCCUAUCCCAGAAAUCUUCGGGCGAGAGGCGGGGUACACCCUGAACUGGUCGCCACCCAAUCGCAGGGCACAUAUAAACAAACAACCAUUCACACCUACGGGCAAUUUAGAGACUUCAAUUAACCUAGCACGCAUGUUUUGGGGAUGUGGGAGGAAAGCGGAGUGUCCGGAGAAAAGCAUCGCGGGCACGGGGAGAACAUGCAAACUCCACUCCGUUGUGGCCGGGGGAUUGAACCCCGGUCCUCAGAACUGUGAGGCAGAUGUGCUAACCAGUCACUCACUGUGCUGCCUCUCUCUCUCUCUCUCUCUCUCUCUCUCUCUCUCUCUCUCUCUCUCUCUCUCUCUCUCUCUCUCUCUCUAUAUAUAUAAAAAAGGUGGAACCACUGGACACAAAGCGACCACUGCGAAGAACUAAAAGUAGAUGGAUAGCUGAAAUCAUUAAACACGCCGGAAUACACUGGCAACAAAUUAUAUGUAUAUAUUGUGCUUCAAUGACUUUAUUUCUAAUCUGUUUUUGAAUUUCUUUGGAUUGUGGCAUUUUGACGCAGCUUUUCUCGAUCUGUUGAUUUCUUGAUUGAACAGGUCUGGACGUAAUCAGGCUUGGGUGUCGUCAGUGAAAUUGAAUUCAUCUUCCCCAAAAAAAUGGGAUUGAGCCUCAGUAAAUUCCUGAUUCAACAAGUGGGCAAUUACUUUUUCACACAGGGCCAGGUAGCGUUGAAUAUAUAUUUUUUCUCUUUAAUAAAUAAAAUGCAUCCAUUUUUAACGAUGAAGUGGGGAAACUAUGCAAAAAAAAAAAAAUAAUAAUAAUUUGAGAAGGGGCGAAUACCUUUUCAUGGCACUGUAUGUCAUUUCAGUGGGAAAUAAAUACUUAUCUAUUGCCUGCCUAUAUGUAAACUAUACAGUGUCAAUGCCUAUACCUUAUGUCUUUAGAUAUAUCAUUGUACUGUGUACAUGUAAAGUGUAAAGGAAAUCUAUUGCAUGUAGAGUGGAGUAGGUUUGAAUUACACUUUACACGACACAUAAGAGCAGCAUGACGUGUACUCCUGAAACACACUUUUAUCCUUUUAAUCAGCAACCUUCCAUUUGACCUAAUAAAUGAGUCGCCCACA